AUAUUCGCAUUUUCGCAUCCAAUUCCAAAACCAGCGGAGAAGAGAGCAGCCGCGGAGAAGGGAAGAAGCCGCCAUGGCCAACGGGCUCUCGGACCCUCCCUGCGGCCUUCUCACCGCCGACGCCGCUCGAUCCCUCGUCGAUUCCGUCGACGCCUUCCUCUUCGAUUGCGAUGGGGUUAUUUGGAAGGGGGAUAAGCUCAUUGAAGGGGUCCGGGAGACGAUGGAGCUGCUGCGGAAAAUGGGCAAGAAAAUAGUUUUUGUAACAAACAACUCUAGAAAGUCAAGAAGGCAAUACUCAAAGAAAUUCAGAUCACUUGGACUUGAAGUUACUGAGGAAGAGAUUUUUACAUCAUCAUUUGCGGCAGCCAUGUUCUUGAAGUUAAAUAAUUUUCCCCCAGAAAAGAAGGUUUAUGUUGUUGGUGAAGACGGAAUUUUGGAAGAGCUCAAGUUAGCUGGUUUUGAAUGCUUUGGUGGUCCGGAGGAUGGCAAGAAAAACAUAAUAUUGGAGGCGGACUUCCACUUUGAACAUGACAAAAGCGUUGGAGCUGUUGUUGUUGGACUUGAUCAGCAAUUCAAUUACUACAAAAUGCAGUAUGCAAGAACAUGUAUUAGUGAGAAUCCAGGCUGCCUUUUCAUUGCGACCAACCGUGAUCCAACUGGACAUAUGACAUCUGCCCAAGAAUGGCCAGGAGCUGGAACUAUGGUUGCUGCAGUAAGCUGCUCAGUACAGAAAGAGCCCAUUGUUGUUGGAAAGCCUUCAAGCUUUUUGAUGGACUUCCUCUUGAAAAGCUUCAAUCUGGAAACAUCAAGGAUGUGCAUGGUGGGUGAUAGACUGGAUACAGACAUACUAUUUGGCCAGAGUACUGGCUGCAAGACCCUCCUUGUUUUGUCUGGUUGUACUACCUUACCAGAACUGCAGGACGCUUCCAAUAGCAUCCAUCCAGAUGUCUACACAAAUAGCGUGUAUGAUCUCGUUGGGUUAUUGCAGAAAUAAUCUGUCGGGCGUGGCAUUGCAGUGACAGUGCAAUGCCAGAGCUGAGUUCUGACUAGACGAACCGAUUGGGCUAUUGAAACGACAUUAGAACGACAUUAGUGUAUUUUUGGGCUACCUGUUUCAUUCGUAGUAACCCAGGACUGCAUAUUAAUUGAAGUCAACUCCGGUACUCCCAUUUCAAAUGAAACCAGCUUCACAACCUCAUAACUGUACCACGGAAUUUGUUAAAGCUUCAAAUUUUGCAAUGGAACUGUGCUUUCCAUCCCUGAAAAUAUAUUUGACUGUGCAGUAUGGAGUUG